UCUGGCAACCCUGCGUGUUUCCCGCACACUGAGCGGCGGCGGCGGCGGCGGUGAACCUCUCCAUCUGCAGCGCGUCUCUCUCUCUCUCGGGCUUCACACACACACACACACACACACACACAGAGCAGCACUGAGGGACAGACAGCAGGACACGGGUUGGUCCACGGCUCUCUCGCAGUGUCCCCGUGUCUCUGUCCCCGCUGGAGGAAUGCAAGAGGACAGGAGACCGGGGUCUGGAGACACGACGAUGCGUAAAGAGCGCCGGAGUCUCGGGGAAACUCAGUCGCUCAGAAACACCGAGUUUAUAUGAACUGCACUUUCACAGCAGCCUGUGGCCAUGAGGACACGCGGAACCGAGUUUAUUCUGCCAUUAAUCGACUAAAGUUUCGGGGGAAAAACACCUGCACCGGCUUUGGACUGAACAUGAGGAACAACCGGGACUGAACACACCGACUGGGAGGACCUUCAGGUGCUGAAGAUGGAGUGUGCAUUGGUGGGAUCUCUGUGGCUGCCCCUUGUGGUUCUGCUCAGCGGAGUGUCUCUGGGAGUCGUGGACCUGGAAAUGGCCCCUCAGCAUGAAGGCUCACCUGCUCCUAAGAACAUCACUCUGGCUGUUAUCUUACCCCUGCGUAACACAGAGUACCCGUGGGCAUGGCCUCGAGUGGGUCCUGCACUAAACUGGGCCGUGGAGAAAGUCAACUCCGACCCUACGCUGCUUCCAGGCCAUCAAAUGCACCUCGUCUUGAGAAGCAGCGAGAACAAGGAGGGGAUGUGUUCCGACUCGGUGGCGCCCCUCGUGGCCGUGGACCUGAAGUUUGCCCAUGACCCGUGGGCCUUCAUCGGGCCGGGCUGCGACUACGCGUCGUCGCCGGUCGCCCGCUUCACCAUGCACUGGGAGGUGCCCAUGGUGACGGCUGGAGCGCCGGCGUUGGGAUUUAACAUGUACACGUACAUCACAAACACGGGACCGACGCACGAGAAACUGGGCCAGUUUGUACUGAGGAUGCACAGGGACUUCGGCUGGCAAAAGUACGCCAUGUUCUUGUACAAUGACCAGAAGAAUGACGACCGGCCGUGCUACUUCGCUGUCGAGGGACCGUACACUGAGAUGAGAGAGAAGAACAUCACAGCCGAGCACAUCGUGUUUAACGAGGACGAUCACGUUUCCUACGCCGAUCUCAUUAACGAUAUCAGCCAGCAAGCUCGCGUGGUGUACGUUUGCUGUAAGCUCCAGACGUUCAGGAAGCUGAUGGUGCAGUUUAGGAAGCAGAGGCUUCCCCAGGAGGAAUUCGUCUUUUUCUUCAUUGAUCUGUUCGGAGAGAGUGUGCAGAGAAGUCCGGCUAAGCCGUGGGCUCAAGGAGACGCGGACGAUCACAUCGCGAUGGAGGCAUUUAAAAGUGUAAAGAUUUUGACCUACAGAGAGCCCCAGAACUCCGAAUACAAAAACUUUGUGUCCAAGUUGAAAACAGAUGCCAAGAAAAUGUUCAACUUCAGCAUUGAAGACUCACUGAUGAACCUGAUAGCCGGAGGUUUCCAUGACGGCGUGCUGCUCUACGCUCAAGCCCUGAACGAAACGAUGGACCAGCAGUCAGGACAGAAACCUCCUGGGAACAUGGUCACCAAGAUGAUGUGGGACCGCACUUUUCAUGGCGUCACUGGCCUGGUCAAGAUGGACAAAGACGGCAACCGAGAAAUAGAUUUUGCCCUGUGGGACAUGACCGACACCGACUCUGGGGUUUAUCAGAUCGUGUCAGAGUAUAACAGCAGUCAGAAGCAGAUGAUUCCUAAGCCGGGGCUGAAGGUGCACUGGCUGAAAGGCGUUCCUCCUCCUGACAUCCCAGUGUGCGGCUUCAAGAACGACAAUCCUUCCUGUCUGGCCAGAACGGUCACGAUGCAUCAGAUGAUCUCGAUAGUGGUGUGCUUCAUCUUCAUCAUCAUCGUCACCGUCACGGUCUUCGUGUACAGAAAGGUGAAGUUGGAGAACGAGUUAGCGGCACAGCUCUGGAGGGUGCACUGGGAGGACAUUCAGAUUAAUAACCUGGAGAAGCCGCUGCGUAGGACAUGCAGCAGAUUGACACUAUCACUGAGGGGCUCUAAUUAUGGCUCGCUGCUGACCAUGGAGGGAAAUGUUCAGAUUUAUGCCAAGACCUGUUACUACAAGGGAAACAUAACAGCCAUCAAGUAUAUCAACAAGAAGCGCAUCGAGCUCACCAGGAAGGUUCUGUUUGAACUUAAACAUAUGCGCGAUGUUCAGAAUGAACACCUGACCAGAUUCAUCGGAGCGUGUAUAGAUGCGCCAAACAUCUGCAUUCUUACUGAGUACUGCCCAAGAGGCAGCUUACAGGACCUCAUGGAGAUUGAGAGUAUUACACUGGACUGGAUGUUCCGCUAUUCUCUAAUCAAUGACAUCGUCAAAGGAAUGUCCUUCCUCCAUAACAGUAUGAUCGUCUCCCACGGCAACCUGAAGUCCUCUAACUGCGUGGUGGACAGUCGCUUCGUUCUGAAGAUCACAGACUACGGGCUGGUCAGCUUCCGCAACGAGAGCAACUCUGAGGACACGUACGCUUACUACGCACGUAAGCUGUGGACAGCUCCAGAGCACCUGCGUGCAGAGGGCAGGCCAGCAUGCGGCACUCAGAAGGGAGACGUGUACAGUUUCGGUAUCAUCCUGCAGGAGCUGGCUCUACUCAAGGGAGUUUUCUACCUGGACGGUCCUACACUCAGCCCUAAAGCGAUCGUGGAGCGGGUGGCAGAUGGACGAUGGCCGUAUCUGCGCCCCCUGCUGUGCACUCAGAGCCACAGUGAAGAGCUGGGUCAGCUGAUGCAGCGCUGCUGGGCUGAGGAACCCAGCGACAGGCCUGAUUUUAACCAGAUCAAAGUGAUGCUACGAAAACACAACAGAGGCUACGGCUCCAACAUCCUGGACAAUCUGCUCUCGCGCAUGGAGCAGUACGCGAAUAACCUGGAGGAGCUGGUGGAAGAGAGGACGCAGGCAUAUCACGAGGAGAAACGCAAGGCUGAAGCACUGCUCUAUCAGAUCCUCCCUCACUCAGUGGCAGAGCAGCUGAAAAGAGGCGAGACGGUGCAGGCCGAAGCCUUCGACUCGGUCACCAUUUACUUCAGCGAUAUAGUGGGCUUCACGUCUCUGUCUGCAGAGAGCACGCCCAUGCAGGUGGUUACUUUGCUGAACGACCUGUACACAUGCUUCGACGCCAUCAUCGACAACUUUGACGUUUACAAGGUGGAGACCAUCGGUGAUGCGUACAUGGUCGUAUCCGGACUUCCAGUAAGGAACGGGAAGCUGCACACGCGCGAGAUCGCCCGUAUGUCCCUCGCCCUCCUGAAAGCCGUGCACACGUUCAGGAUCCGCCAUCGACCUGAUCAGCAGCUCCGCCUGCGCAUCGGCAUUCACACCGGCCCGGUGUGCGCUGGGGUUGUUGGACUGAAGAUGCCCAGGUAUUGUUUGUUUGGUGACACGGUGAACACGGCGUCACGUAUGGAGUCUAAUGGCGAAGCGCUCAAGAUCCAUGUUUCCGAGGCGACGCGAACAGUGCUGCAGGAGUUCAACUGCUUCCAGCUGGAGCUGAGAGGAGACGUAGAAAUGAAGGGCAAAGGAAGGAUGAGGACCUACUGGCUCCUGGGGGAGAGCACGGCCGAGCACGCCUGAGCGGAACCGCCAGAGCAGGACACGGGAGUGGAGGAAAAUAAAUACCAUGUAGCAGAAAUGUAUAGAGGCACAAACAAGGCCUUGGAGACAGCCAGAGAGAACCACGGUGCGACGUGGAGAUACACAGUCAUAAGGAUAUGAUGGAUGUCCUGGAUAGUCUGUUUCAGCCUGGGUUCAAAUAAACUGAUCAUCAGCACCAAAUUGCAAGACUGAUAUAUAAAGGACUAAACAUUUCAAGCAGCAGGAUAGCGCCAUCUAGUGCUGUAGACUCGUGUGUCUUUAUACUUUCUUUUUUUUUUUUUUUUUAAGUUUUACUUAGGACGGUUCGAAAGUCUUGUCGUCUUCGAGUAGUUUCCUUCGUAAGAAGACGGAAAGGUGAAGAUUUCCCAUUGGGUCAUGUAUCAUAAUGUGUUAUACUGAGAUCAAUCUCUCUGAACCCCGUUAAUGUGUUCAAAGUGUUUAUUUUCCUAUUAAAUGCCCCUUAGCUCAAGGUUUAAAUAGACUGAUCUGUGUGUUUUUCUGUUUUAUAUACGUCUCGCAAGUGCUUGUGAAUGAUUUGUGUUCAGUAGGCAUGUGCCAAUAAUCAUGACAUCAUGAUAUUUCAACAACAAGCGCUAUAAACACUACAGAAUGUCGCGUAGGUAGGAAACGUAGUUGAACAUUAAAGAGGAAAGAAAAGAAAAUUAUCGCAAGCACAUGUCAGAUGCCUUUUUUUUUUUUACUACAUUUAAAUAUAGUUUUUCAAAAGAUCUAUUUUUAUGAUUCGUAUACUGCUGAUGAUAAAUAAUGCCGAGUGGUUGGAACGGACGAGAGGGGAAAUGAGGUCGCUGCUGAGGUUGUGACAUAAACAACCAUCAUUUUUAAAUCUUUAGUCAUUUUGCAACCUGUCUCAAUGAAAAAUGUGUUUCUUUCAAGACUUUUACACGGAACUGUACACUCACAUGGCCUCUUUAUUAGGAACACUUUACUAAUACUGAGUAGGACCUGCCAUGAAGCGAUGCACAUGAUCAGCAAUACUCAAAUAGGCUGAUUAGUAUUUACAGUAUGCCAAGGUUAAAUUCCCCACAUCACAUUACACUACCCCCCACCAGCCUGGACACAUGGCAAGUUCAGGCUGUCAUUGCCAAAUUCUGACCCUAUCAUUACAACAUUGUCAUUAUACUGCAUAUCCAUAAGUGUAAUUUAAUUAAUUAAUCAAUCAAUUAA